AGGCAAAUGCCGGCUGUUGUUGCCAGAUUCCAGACUAUAAAAAGAUUCCUAGACGGCGGCAUUAACUUCAGUUCGCACACAUAGUUUGUUCGCGCAGUGUCAUUGUUGGUCAAAUCUCUCAAUAUCCUUAAAGAUGUCGUUCAAAGUGGAGCCACUACCCAAUUCGUAUGCCGGCCUAGGCGAGGGUCCCCAUUGGGAUGAGGCAAGGCAGAGCUUGUACUACGUGGAUCUUGAGGCGGGCGCACUUCUGCGCUACGAUUACAAGCAGAACAAGGUGUACAGGACACAGAUUGAGGGCGAGAAUUUGGCCAGCUUUGUGUUGCCAAUUGAGGGUAAUCCCCUGGAAUUUGCCGUCGGCUGUGGACGUCGCACCGUCAUCGUCAAUUGGGAUGGUGUUGCGCCAACAGCGAAAGUAGUGCGUACUCUGUUCGAGGUGCAGCCGGAGUUUAAGGAGAAUCGCUUGAAUGAUGCCAAGACGGAUCCACAGGGUCGUCUCUUUGGUGGCACCAUGAAAUACGUGGGCGAUGAGUUCACCCAUCGUCAUGGCGAGCUCUACAGAUGGCAGGCCGGUGACGGUGGCAAUGUGACGCUGGUGAAGAGCGAUGUUGGCAUCUCCAACGGUCUUGCCUGGGACGAGAAGGCCAAGAAGUUCUACUAUAUCGAUACCACCGAUUAUGAGGUCAAGUCGUAUGAUUACAACUUUGACACUGGUGUCGCCACAAAUCCCAAAGUGAUUUACAAUUUGCGCAAGACGAGCCCCAAGGAUCAUCUGCUGCCCGAUGGCAUGACCAUUGACACCGAGGGCAACAUCUAUGUGUGCACCUUCAAUGGUGCCACCAUCUUCAAGGUCAAUCCAAGCACUGGCAAAGUUCUCUUGGAGAUCAAGCUGCCCACUAAGCAAAUCACUUCGGUUGCUUUUGGCGGCCCCAAUCUGGACAUACUGUACGUGACCACAGCGGCCAAGUUCGAUCAGCCUGCUCCAGCUGGCACCACCUACAAGGUGACCGGUCUCAAUGCCAAGGGUUAUCCGGGCGUUAACCUCAAGAUCUAAAAUUCUAAUAUCAUAAUUAUGUCUCCACUGUUUUUUUUUCUUUCGUUAUAUUAUAUCAAAGUGCAAUUAAAUAUACUUAAAAGUUGUACAUACUUAAUGUAUGUGCGCAU